AUUUUGAUAUUUUUCAGAAUGCUAGCAGGAUAGAUAGUUCUGGGAGCAAAAUGGACUCUCGUAGAGUGAAUACCAAAAUCAAAUUCUCAGAUAACGAUACUAAUGGUGGUGGGACUGUUGUCUCACCAGAAGAAGAUGUAUACAAUGAUGAAUAUGGGACAGAAGUUGAACGAAAGAAAUGGUUUGAAGAGAAUAACAGUACUCUCACAUCAAUCAGUCCAUUGUCAGAAGAAGAAAUAUCAACUCUCAAGUUCGAAGCUGAAAGAGUUUUAAAAGAUGAGACAUCAUUUCACAAUGAAAAAGAGCAACGUGGCAAAAAAGGAAACGAUGGAGCCUGGUUGAAAACUGUCUUCCAGAAAGGAACAGCAUCUGAUAAAAUAGCUGCACACGUUGUCAACAUUCAAAACAAUCCAUUAUUUUCAAUCAGCUCUCUCACUACCUUGAUUAAUAUGGUGAAAGUCGGGAAGAAAGAGUUCUCCCUGGUGAUAGAUAAUCUGUGUGAGCUGUUCGUUGAGGACCUGCUGCCCCCGAACAGGAGGCUGUUGCCGUUCCACAAGCAGCCACUCGACCGCCUGCCUGAACUGUGCUCUGGCAAUGCCACGUCUCGUCGCCGCUACCUCGUGUUGUGGGCUUACGAGGACCAGCUCAAAAAUAACUACUCUAUUUUCGUUCAAGCCUUGAAUGUGAUAGCCAAGGAUGACAUAGAAGCAAACAAAGAGAAAUCUGUAUCUGCUUUGUAUCACCUACUGGCUGCACGUCCAGAAUUGGAAGAUGUACUACUAAAAAGUGUCGUGAAUAAAUUGGGAGAUCCACAACGUAAAAUAGCAUCAAAAGCCAUUUAUUGUUUAACACAAUUGCUCAAACAACAUGAAGCAAUGAAGCAAAUAGUUUUGAAUGAGAUUGAACACUUGAUUUUCAGGUCAAAUGUUAGUCAAAAGGCUCAGUACUAUGCAAUCUGUUUUCUGUCACAGUUCAGAUAUUCAGCACACGACGGAGAGCUGGCUUGCAAUGUCAUAUCAGUAUAUUUUGCAUUUUUCAGAGCUUGUGUGAAAAAGGGUGAUGUUGAUUCUAGAAUGCUGGGCUCAUUGCUCAUGGGUGUAAAUCGAGCUUACCCAUACUCAAAAGAAAAAUUGUCGAAAAUUUCCAGUCAUAUUGACACGUUAUAUAAGAUGGUUCAUAUGGCUAACUACAAUAUAAGCAUGCAGUGUCUGAACAUCCUGUUUCACGUAUCAGAUUCAUUCCAGGACAGAUAUUAUACUGCGCUUUAUAAAAAGUUGAUCGAGUUUGAUUUUGCACAUUCGGCACAUCAAGCCAUGAUAUUGAACCUAAUUUACAAGUCUCUGAGUAAAGAUACGAACAUGGGAAGAGUUAGAACAUUCAUAAAACGGUUACUUCAGCUUUGUGGACUGAUGCCUGUGCCACUGGCGUGUGGUCUGCUGUAUGCCAUCUCGCAACUCAUCAAAAACCGUCCUGAGCUGUUGGCCAACAGAUUGGAGGCGCAGAGAGCCGCCCUCGAUGACGACGCUGACGAUGAAGAGUGCUACAAAGACGUCGACUCUGAGGCAAAUGGUGAUUGCAAAGACGAAUCAUUGCUUGAUGACAGUGUGAUGAAAGAGGAAGAAGCCGAGGUGAAGAACAAGGAGACUGAAGUGAAGCAGGAGGAGUCGAGCGAGGAGAAGAAGGAGAGGAAGCCGUGUAUGGGAUGGUUUCACGCGGCACUGACCACCAGGCGCAACACUGUCACGUUUGACCCAUCUAUUAGGAAUCCAGCGUUUGCCAAAGGAGAAUCAGCUGUCUACACUGAGCUCACUCUGCUCCUCAAUCACUUCCAUCCAACUGUAGCUCUAUUUGCCAAAAAUAUCCUUGAUAAUGAGACAAUAAAGUACACCGGAGAUCCCCUCGUUGAUUUUUCUCUGGUAAGGUUUAUGGACCGAUUCGUUUUCAAAAAUCCGAAACAGCCGAACAUCAUUCUUGAAGAGAAAGGACCAGAUCGAGCGCUGGCCCAGAGGAAGUACUACACACCUUCUGGAGCGAAGGCGCUUCCCACCAACAGCCGAUUGUAUCUCGAACAAAACGAAGAACACGUGCCAAUUGAUGAACUUUUUCUCUACAAAUAUCUGCAUCAUAAGAAAAGUAUGGGUUAUAAAGUGGUUCCUAAAGAAGAGGAUGAUAGUGACUUGGAAAGUGUGGCUAGUGAAGAAUUCGAAGAGAUGUUGAAUAAUAUGCCUGGCUUCAGGAACAAAGAUGUGGACUUUGCUGAAGAUAUCGGUGAUAACCUAAGUAACACCAAGACGAGUAAAAAAGGAAAAAACAAAGACAUGGAUUCAGAUGGUUCGGAUGAUUCAGAUGGUGGAGAUGACGUGGGAGAAGAAGAUGAUGAAGAUGUCAGCUUGGAUGAUGCCAGUGGUGAUGAUGACAUUGAUUUGGAUGAACUCGACGACGAUGAUGAAGCUAUUUCUUUUGACGAAAGUGAUGGAGAUGAUGAAGAUAUGGAAGUUUCAAAUAAAAAGAAACCGAAAAAGAAACUCGACGAAAAUAAGCUUAGAAAAGGUAUAUCAAAAUUAUUUGCUCCUGCUGAGCAAUUCUCAGAGAUGCUAGAAAAUGAAGGAUCUUCAGGAUUUAGGACUGGAACAGCGCAUGCAGUUGCUAAUAAAGACAAAGCAGCUAUCAAACAACUCGAAUGGGAAAUGAAUAGAGGAGAUAAAUCUUGGAGCAACAAAAAUAAGAGGAAGACAUCAAACAAAUUUUCAAGUAUGAAAAAGAAAAAGAAAAUGCGUUGAACUUUGUAUUCUUUUUGAAGUUAAUUAAAAUGUAAAUACUAAAAAAAAUUAUUUUAUUAUUAUACGUUUGUUGAACAUAUUUAUUUGCUUAUUAGUCUCUAAUAUCUCAGAAGAAACUAGAAAAGUAAGAUUUUUAGUAGGUUAAACACAACCGUAGUAGACCAUGAAUUUAAUAAAAUUGGCCUGUAUUAUUUGAGAUGAAUUUACACUGAAUAUGUUGUUCGAAUGAUGUUUUUACUAUAUUCAUGUUUUCAAAUCAGUGGAAUUAAUUGCAAAACGAAAUUUUUCCGCUGGCAUCUAUGAUAGAUAGUGUAAUUCAAUUCAUCACGCUUCAUCUGACCUAAUAUCAAUAGUUAAUUAUGUAAAUAAUCAUCAAUUUCGUAUUGUAUUUUAUCGAUCAAUAAAAUAAAUCAACACGAUUCAA